CUUCUGAGACUUCUGCACAAAACCUCCUGCCUCAUCAAAACCCAAGUCCAGGUUCAAGUCCAGUUGUGAAAUCCCAAAAGAAGAUGACCAGACUUUUCACCAGACCCAACCAAAUCUUCAGCUAAACCCUUCAACAAAUUGAUUUUCACCUCCACCCCAACACGACUCGCCCUCCUGCUGAGCUGCCCCGGGACGUCUCUCUCUGUAUGCGGCUUCCCAGCAUGCCUCUAUGUUCAGCCGAAGCACCAGCCGCAGCAUCAUGGAAGUGAAGGAGCGCCGGCCCUACUGCUCGCUCACCAAGGGCCGCAAGGACAACCACGGGCCCUACACUGGUUCUUCUGGGGACAGUGAGGACUGUGUUCUGGGCUCUCAGGGACUCCGCGUCCCCACACAGAAGUCCUACUCCUCCAGUGAGACGCUCAAGGCCUUUGACCAGCACCAGGACCAGACCAGGUUACUGUACGGAACAACCAAAGGACAUAAGGAAAUGGUGCGCCACGACCAGGAUGACUACACCAGACCAGGUCAGCACUUCAGCCUUCGUCAGCUGGGUAUCUGCGAGCCGCCUCCUCCUCGCCGCGGCCUGGCCUUCUGCUCGGAGAUGGGCCUUCCGCACAGGGGCUUCUCUGUGGGCACGUGUCCCGACCUGGAGCCUGACAGCGGGGCCGUGAUGUCCCCCGAGAGGGCCAUGAGGCUGUGGGGCCGCGGGGGCCUGGGCAAGACCUCCGGACGUAGCUCCUGUCUGUCCAGCCGCUCCAACUCUGUGCUCACCCUCACCGAUACCGAGCACGAGAACAAGUCCGACAGCGACAAUGGUUCUCCCAUGCUCUCCCCCUCCUGUCCGUCAUCUGUCAUUGACCAAUCACAUCCACAGUCCACCAGUCUCCAUGACAACCCAUUGUUAGCAAACGCGGCCGAACCGGGCUCAGAGGAAGAGGAGGAGGAAGAGGAGGAGCCCGUGGACUAUGCCUCGCGCUUGUACUUACCAGUGACACAUGAGCAACCGUCCAAUCACCACGGCACCACGCUGCCCCCAGUGCCGCCCCCUCACCGCCAGCAGCCGUCCAUCACAGCUCUGAACCAAUCAUUGGGCUCCACGCACCACGCUGGCCACUCCCUGAACUCCACCCGGCAGCUAACUCCGCCCACAGGAAGUCCGGCCCCAGUGGCCGGCCAAUCACCAGCCGAGCUGCAGACCACGCCCCCCGAGAGCGUCCCGCUGCAAGACAGCUGGGUGCUGGGUAGCAAUGUGCCUCUGGAAACAAGGCACUUCCUCUUUAAGACAGGCACCGGCACCACUCCUCUCUUCUCCACAGCCACGCCCGGAUACACUAUGGCAACUGGCUCGGUGUACUCCCCACCCACCAGACCCCUGCCCAGAAACACGCUGUCACGCUCGGCAUUCAAGUUCAAGAAGUCCUCCAAGUACUGUUCAUGGAGGUGUACGGCUCUCAGCGCGGUGGGUCUGUCCGUCCUGCUCUCAGUCCUGCUCUGUUACUGCAUAGCUAUGCACCUUUUCGGUCUCAACUGGCAACUGCAGGAGAGCGAAGGCUACGGUGCAUUCGAGAACGGCGGAGCGGCUCGAGACACCACUCCGAACACUAUCAUGGUUUCCACAGACAAUGGUAAAAUGUACCUGGUAGAAAACAACACCAUAGACACAGGAGAGGUGGACGUGGGAAGACGAGCCAUACAAGAGGUCCCGCCAGGUGUUUUCUGGAGGUCCCAGCUCUACAUCGACCAGCCCCAGUUCUUAAAAUUCAACAUCUCGGUUCAGAGAGAUGCUCUGGUGGGCGUGUACGGGCGAAAGGGCCUCCCUCCAUCACACACACAGUAUGACUUCGUGGAGCUGUUGGAUGGCAGUCGUCUGAUCUCCAAAGACAAGAGAGCCUUAAGCGAAGCCGACCUGAGUCACAGCUUCACUUCCGGGUCACAUGACGAGGAGGCGGGAACAGGAAGUAGACACGCCCGCUCCAUAAACGUCCAUGAAGCUGGAUUUAUACAGUAUCUGGACACCGGGAUCUGGCAUCUGGCUUUUUAUAAUGACGGACGCAACACGGAACAAGUCUCCUACAACACCAUCGUAAUCGAGUCGAUUAUGGAGUGUCCUCAGAAUUGUCAUGGAAACGGAGACUGUCUAUCGGGAAUAUGCCACUGUUUUCCUGGCUUUCUGGGGCCCGAUUGUUCUCGAGCGGCGUGCCCGGUUCUGUGCAGUGGCAAUGGGCAGUACUCUAGGGGGCGCUGUCAGUGCUACAGCGGCUGGAAGGGCACCGAGUGUGAUGUUCCGGCCAAUCAGUGCAUUGACAUCCACUGUGGGGGGCACGGCAUCUGCAUCAUCGGGGCCUGCAUCUGCAACACUGGCUACAAGGGCGAGAACUGCGAAGAGGUGGACUGCAUCGACCCCAGCUGCUCAGCCCAUGGUGUGUGUAUCCAUGGCGAGUGCCAUUGUCAGCCAGGAUGGGGCGGAGCCAGCUGUGAGAUCGCCAAAGCCAUGUGCCCUGACCAGUGCUCUGGUCAUGGCACCUACAACGCAGAGACCAACUCCUGCACCUGCGACCAGAACUGGACCGGACCAGACUGCUCACUGGAGGUGUGCGAGGUGGAUUGCGGCAGCCACGGCGUCUGUUACGGAGGAGUGUGUCGAUGUGAGGAGGGUUGGACGGGAAGCGUGUGCGACCAAAAAGCCUGUCACCCUCUGUGCACCAAGAAUGGAGUGUGUAAGGAGGGCAAAUGUGAGUGCGACCAGGGCUGGACCGGCGAGCACUGCAACAUCGAGGGCUGCCCGGGUCUGUGCAACAACAAUGGACGCUGCACCCUGGAGGCCAGUGGGUGGCACUGCAUCUGUCAGUCCGGGUGGCGAGGGGCCGGGUGUCACGUCGCCAUGGAGACGCUCUGCACUGAUGGCAAGGACAACGAAGGCGACGGACUGGCCGACUGCAUGGACCCAGACUGUUGCCUGCAGCCGUCCUGUCAGACACAGCAGUUCUGUAAAGGAUCUCCAGACCCCGCCGAGGUGCUCAGCCAGUCCCCCGCGGCACUCACCCCGCAACAGGCCGCCAGAUCAUUCUACCAGAGGAUCCACUUCCUGGUUGGUGCAGAGUCCACUCACAUCAUUACUGGGGACAACCCGUUCAACAGGAGUUUGGUGUCUAUAAUCCGGGGCCAGGUGCUCACAGCUGACGGGACGCCCCUUAUCGGAGUCAAUGUGACCUUCGUCCACUACCCUGAACAUGGGUACACCGUCACGCGCAAGGAUGGCAUGUUUGAUCUCUUGGCCAAUGGCGGAGCAUCAUUGACCUUGAGUUUUGAGCGCGCUCCGUUCCUCACCCAAUACAGGACAGUGUGGGUGCCAUGGAACGUCUUCUAUGUGAUGGACACACUGGUCAUGAAGAAAGAGGAGAACGACAUCCCCAGCUGUGAUCUGAGUGGCUUCAUCCGACCAAACCCAGUCAUUGUGGCGUCACCUCUGUCCACGUUUUAUAGAAGCUCGCCUGAAGAUGGUCCUAUCAUCCCAGAGACACAGGUGUUACAAGAGGAAACGUCAAUCCCGGGCAGUGACUUGAACCUGGUUUACCUGAGCUCCAGAGCAGCGGGAUACAAGCCGGUCCUGAAAGUCACUAUGACACAGACCUCCAUCCCAUUCAACCUCAUGAAGGUCCACCUGAUGGUAGCUGUGGUGGGGAGGCUGUUCCAGAAGUGGUUCCCUGCUCAGCCAAACCUGUCCUAUACUUUCAUCUGGGACAAGACCGACGCGUACGGACAGAGGGUGUACGGGCUGUCAGAGGCUGUGGUGUCUGUGGGCUUUGAGUACGAGUCGUGUCUGGACCUGAUUCUGUGGGAAAAGAGGACGGCCAUUUUGCAGGGCUAUGAGCUGGACGCCUCUAACAUGGGAGGAUGGACCCUGGACAAGCACCACAUCUUGGACGUGCAGAACGGAAUCUUGUACAAGGGCAAUGGGGAGAACGUGUUUGUGUCCCAGCAGCCACCUGUCAUCAGCAGCAUCAUGGGUAACGGUCGCAGGCGUAGUAUCUCGUGUCCCAGCUGUAACGGCCAGGCUGAGGGAAACAAGCUGCUGGCUCCUCUGGCUCUGGCCUGUGGGGCUGAUGGGAGCGUGUUCGUGGGAGACUUCAACUACAUCAGACGGAUCUUUCCUUCAGGCAACGUCACCAGUGUCAUGGAGCUCAGUAACAACCCUGCCCAUCGCUACUACCUGGCUACGGACCCAGUCACCGGUCAGCUCUACGUUUCUGACACCAACUCGAGAAGAAUAUACCGUCCCAAGAUGCUCAGCGGCGCCCGGGACCUCAUCAGCAAUGGAGAGGUGGUGGCUGGGACAGGAGAGCAGUGUCCUCCCUUUGAUGAAGCUCGAUGUGGGGACGGUAGAAAGGCCACAGAGGCUCAGCUCCUGGGACCCAAAGGGAUUGCGGUGGAUAAGAAUGGACUCAUUUACUUUGUGGAUGGGACGAUGAUCCGAAAAGUCGACAGAAAUGGAAUGAUCUCGACUGUUUUGGGCAGCAACGACCUGACCUCUGCACGACCUUUGACCUGUGACACCAGCAUGCACAUCAGACAGGUUCGUUUGGAGUGGCCCACAGACCUGGCCAUCAACCCCAUGGACAACUCCAUCUAUGUCCUGGACAACAACGUCGUGCUGCAGAUUACUGAAAACAGACAGGUGCGGAUCGUGGCAGGGCGUCCCAUGCACUGCCAGGUGCCAGGGAUCGAGUACACUUUGGGGAAGAGGGCGGUGCAGACGAUGUUGGAGGGGGCCACAGCCAUCGCUCUGUCGUACAGCGGAGUGCUUUACAUCGCAGAGACGGAUGAGAAGAAAAUACACCGCAUCAGACAGGUGUCAACAGAUGGAGAAAUUACGCAUCUCGCUGGAGCACUUUCUGAAUGUGACUGCAAGAACGAUGCUAACUGCGACUGCUAUCAAACCGGGGAUGGCUAUGCUAAAGAUGCUAGGCUAAACUGCCCUUCGUCUCUGGUGGUGUCUCCGGACGGGACACUCUAUGUGGCAGACCUGGGCAAUAUCCGGAUCAGAGCCAUCAGACGCAACCAGCCCCCCACAGGCUCACUGGCGUCUGGCCCCAGUUCUUACGAGGUGGCGUCUCCGGCCUCUCAGGAGCUCUAUGUGUUUGACCUGAAUGGGACACAUCAGUUUACCAUGUCACUGGUCACUGGGGACUACAAGUACAACUUCAGCUACAGUAACGAGGAGGAUGUGACAGCCGUGACAGACAGCAGCGGGAACACCCUCCGAAUACGGCGCGACACAAACCGAAUGCCCGUGCGUGUGGUUGCCCCCGACAACCAGGUCAUCUGGCUCACCAUUGGGACAAAUGGAGGGCUCAAGUCUCUCACGGCGCAGGGGCAGGAGCUGGUGCUGUUCAGUUACCACGGCAACAGUGGGCUGCUGGCCACCAAGAGCAUCCAAAUCGGCUGGACCACCUUCUACGAUUAUGACAGCGAGGGCCGUCUCACAAACGUCACCUUCCCCACGGGUGUUGUGACUAAUCUCCACGGCGACAUGUCAUCAGGGGCCGUCGCUGUGGACAUCGAGACAUCGGGAAGAGACGAAGACGUGUCCAUCACCACAAACCUGUCCUCCAUAGACUCCUUCUACACACUCGUACAAGACCAACUUCGAAAUAAUUAUCAAGUAGGAAACGACCAUUCGCUCCGUGUCAUCUACGCCAACGGGAUGGACAGUCACUACCAGACAGAGCCCCAUAUACUCGCAGGUGCAGCGAAUCCCACCAUAGCCCGCCGUAACAUGACGCUGCCCGGGGAGAACGGACAGAACCUGGUGGAGUGGAGGUUCAGGAAGGAGCAGAAUAGAGGCAAAGUGGUCGUGUUCGGACGGAAACUCAGGGUGAAUGGAAGAAACCUGUUAUCUGUGGAUUACGACCGGUCGCUGAGGACGGAGAAGAUUUACGACGAUCACCGAAAGUUUCUGCUGAAGAUCAUCUACGACACUCAGGGCCACCCCACACUCUGGGUCCCCAGCAGCAAGCUCCUAUCUGUCAAUCUCACAUACUCCAGUACGGGUCAGGUGACCGGGCUGCAGAGGGGUCCCACCACAGAGAAGUGGGAGUACGACAACCAGGGACGCAUCAUCUCCAGAGUCUUUGCUGAUGGAAAAAUCUGGAGCUACACCUACCUCGACAAGUCCAUGGUUCUGCUCCUUCACAGUCAGCACCAGUACAUAUUCGACUAUGACUCGGGAGAUCGACUGUCUGCGGUGACCAUGCCCAGUGUGGCCAGACACACCAUGCAAACCAUCCGCUCCAUCGGGUACUACCGCAACAUCUACACCCCCCCAGAGAGCAACGCCUCCGUCACCGUGGACUACUCCGAGGACGGGCAGCUCUUGAGAGUGGCUCACCUGGGCACUGGACGGAGAAUACUCUACAAGUACCGCCGACAGAACAAACUUGCAGAAAUCCUUUACGACUCCACCCGGGUCAGCUUCACUUACGAUGAAACAGCUGGAGUUCUCAAAACGGUAAACCUGCAGAGUGAAGGCUUCAUCUGCUCCAUCCGGUACCGCCAGAUCGGCCCCCUGGUAGACAGACAGAUAUUUCGCUUCAGUGAGGACGGGAUGGUGAACGCACGUUUCGACUACACCUACGACAACAGCUUUAGAGUGACCAGUAUGCAAGCGGUGAUCAAUGAAACACCACUGCCUAUAGACUUGUACCAGUUUGAUGACAUAUCCGGAAAAGUGGAGCAGUUUGGCAAAUUUGGCGUCAUCUACUACGAUAUAAACCAGAUCAUCUCCACGGCCGUCAUGACCUACACCAAACAUUUUGACCAACACGGACGCAUAAAGGAGAUCCAGUACGAGAUCUUCCGUUCGCUCAUGUACUGGAUCACCAUUCAGUACGACAACAUGGGACGCGUCACCAAGCGGGAAAUCAAGAUCGGACCCUUCGCCAACACAACCAAGUAUGGCUACGAAUACGACGUGGACGGACAGCUGCAGACCGUAUUCCUCAAUGAAAAGAUGAUGUGGAGAUAUAAUUAUGACUUGAAUGGAAACCUACACCUCCUGAACCCGGGGAACAGCGGCAGACUCACCCCUCUGCGCUACGACCUCCGAGACAGGAUCACACGCCUCGGGGAUGUACAGUACAGACUCGACGAGGAUGGCUUCCUACGACAGAGAGGGGCUGAGAUAUUUGAGUACAACUCCAAAGGUCUCUUGGUUCGCGUGUACAGUAAAGCGGCCGGUUGGACCAUUCAGUACCGCUACGAUGGACUGGGGCGGAGAGUGGCCUCCAGGAACAGUUUGGGCCAACACCUGCAGUUCUUCUACGCAGACCUGAACUACCCCACCAGAAUCACCCACGUGUACAACCACUCCAGCUCUGAAAUCACAUCCUUCUACUAUGACCUGCAGGGUCAUGUUUUUGCGAUGGAGAUCAGCAGUGGAGAGGAGUUCUACAUCGCCUGUGAUAACACUGGAACCCCACUGGCUGUUUUCAGUAACAACGGACUUCUGCUAAAACAGGUGCAGUACACAGCCUAUGGAGAGGUGUACUUUGACUCAAACCCAGACUUUGUGCUGGUGAUCGGUUUCCAUGGCGGCCUGUACGAUCCCCUCACGCGCCUGCUGCACUUUGGAGACAGGGACUAUGACAUACCAGCAGGAAGGUGGACCACUCCUGACAUCAGCACAUGGACCAGAGUAGGAAAGGACCCUCAGCCUUUUAACCUCUACAUGUUCAGAGGAAACAACCCCAUCAGCAAAGUGCACCAGGUUAAGGAGUAUGUCACAGACGUAAACAUCUGGUUGGUCACAUUCGGGUUCCACCUCCACAAUGCUAUCCCAGGCUUCCCCAUUCCCAAGUUUGAUCUGACGCAGCCCUCACUGGAGAUGAAGAAGAGUCAACUGUGGGAUGACCUGCCUGCUAUCUCGGGGGUGCAGCAGGAGGUGACCCGUCAGUCCAAAGCCUUCCUGUCGUUUGAGCGCAUGCCUGAGAUCCAGCUGAGCCGGCGGCACUCAGACCACACGCGGCCCUGGCUCUGGUUCUCGUCUGCGCGGUCACUGGUGGGGAAAGGCGUGAUGCUGGCCGUGGUACAGGGCCGGGUGGUCACUAACGCCCUUAACAUCGCAAAUGAGGACUGCAUCAAAGUGGCAGCGGUCCUAAACAACGCCUUCUACCUGGAGGACCUACACUUCACGGUGGAGGGGCGCGAUACACACUACUUUAUCAAGACCAGCCUGCCAGAGAACGACCUGAGCGCACUGAGGCUCACCUCGGGGAGGAAGGCUCUAGAGAACGGGGUCAACGUGACCGUGUCCCAGUCCACCACCGUCAUGAACGGCCGCACCAGGCGCUUUGCCGAUGUGGAGCUGCAGUAUGGAGCGCUGGCUCUGCACGUGCGCUAUGGCACCACACUGGACGAGGAGAAAGCACGCAUUCUGGAACAUGCCCGCCAGAGAGCGCUGUCCACCGCCUGGGCGCGGGAGCAGCAAAGGGUGCGUGAUGGGGAGGAAGGGGUGCGGCUGUGGACAGAGGGGGAGAAGAGGCAGCUGCUGAGCAGUGGCAAAGUGCUGGGCUAUGACGGUUACUACGUUCUGUCCAUAGAGCAGUACCCCGAGCUCGCAGACAGCGCCAACAACAUCCAGUUUCUGAGGCAGAGUGAGAUCGGCCGGAGGUAACGGCCACGCAGCCCACAGACAGUUUAACAGGGAUGUCACAAAACUGAAGAAAACUCAAUGUUUGUUUACUUUUUCUUUAAAUGUGGUCUCCACCGAUCAAUGAUAAUCACUUAAUGCACUGACCCCAAACCAAUCGAGAUGCCCGAGCUGAAGAGCUCAGUCUAAACAAUGCCUUUGUCUUUUGUUUUUAUCUGCCUUCGAAAAGCCUGCACGCAUGCCCUCCCUUGGUGUGGUGGGUGGGGCUAAGCUUGCACCAUGCCCCUUCUCAUGUGGUGGGUGGGGCUCAGACUGCACCAUGCCCCUCCCCUGGUGUGGUGGGUGGGGCCAAGCCUGCACCAUGCCCCUUCUCUAGUGUGGUGGGCAGGGCUAAGUCUGCACCAUUCUCGCCCCCAAAUGUGCUGGGCGGGGCUAGUCGAGUGCUGAGUCGUGAGCUGUGCAGCUGUUAAACAGUAGGAUGUUAAGACUUUGAUCAAAGGGCAUUUCUGCAGCAUCACGAGGAGCUCGAAGCAUUUAGACAGUGAAACUGUCACAGUAUGUGGGCCGAUCAGGCCCGAGUCCAGAGCAGGAACUGUGGGACUCUCACAGAGAGAUGGACACUAAAGGACUCACAUUUGUAUGGAGGACAAAAAAGACUGUUUGGAUUUUUUGGUUUGUUUUAUAAGAACUUGCAUUUGCUUCAAACUAAAAGGAGAUAUUAAAAUGAACAAAAAGUGUUUACAUACUAUUAUCUAUACCACUAUUAUUACUCUUACCACUCCACUACCACCAACACUGCAGGAAGGCCCAUCUCUGGACUGAACCAAGACUUGAGUUGUGUUUUUUCUUUGCAUUUCUGAUAUCGCUGAUCAGUUUGGGCUGUUUUGAAGCUACUCCUUUGUGCUUUCACCAGGUCUAGUCUCUCUCUUCAGCCAGGACCGUGGACUCAGAUGCCAUGGACGCACUGUUGGCUCCUCUCAAACACUGGUCUGCUGUGGAGGCCUCACUUCUACAAAACGUGACUCGUAUGAUGCAUAUAGACCUUGUGCUUUUAUCGGUCGGAGGUGGUAGUUUUGCUUGCAAUAGAAACAUGUUGUCAUGGCUUUCGGGGGUGGGUGGGGUUGCUGUGAGUAGUAACCAACUGUUGCUUCUCUUUGUUUAUUUUGCUCGUUUCUUAAAGGGGCAGCGCAUUGCCAUCAGUGACUUUAACAAGUAACAGUAAUAGGUCAAAACUUGAUGUGGACGUUUUCUCAUUGAUCGUGGGUCUCUGUACUCUUAAAGGGGAGUUUUUUUUCUGUGUAUGUAUGUUUACAAAAAAUGGAGGGGAUGGAAAAUCUUUUAAUCAUUUCAAAAGGAAUGAACAGGAAAGAUAGUUUGACACCAUAUGCUACCAAUUUUGUUUUUUCUUUCUUUCAAUUGAGACAAGUCAGCGUCUUUUGGGUUUCUCCUUUUUAUUUGGAAAAAUGAGAAAUUCCACUUAUCCGUACAUCAAUAUUAGUCUCAGAGAAAGUAAUUUAUGUACAGUGUUUAUACGGUAAAAAAUAAAAUUCU